ACCAUUGAUUCCGAGUUGAACCAGUAUCUGGUGACAUGUGGAAAACGCUUCGGAGUUCGUCUCAAUUACUGGGGCACCGGACGCAAUCGUUUCCAAAUUGAGGUCCCGGACUCAUACACCUCACGCAUGCCGUCCGACUGGCGUCUGUCCUCGCAACGCAAAGGUGUCAAACGUUAUCGAACGGAAGAAACACAAGAUUGGCUCAAUCAAUUGGUCGCGGCGGAAGAACGAAAAGACAUCGCACUCCGUGGGAUUAUGCGCAAUAUUUUUAUCUCGUUCAGCAAGAGGACAAUAAUGUUAAAUGCCCCGUGUAGUAUGCCCUUCCUGGAAAUUGAGGACGGACUUCAUCCAUGCCUGAUCAACACGUUCAUGGGUGGCGAUCUAAUCGCAAACAGCGUUCAUCUGGGCACCGGAUUGAACGUUUCGUCCGCAUCCUCCUCUCAUCCACUGACGGUCCUGGUGACAGGACCUAAUAUGGGUGGAAAAUCAACCUUGAUGCGACAGACCGCGUUGCUCGUUCUUCUGGCACAUCUGGACACAGAUUAUCGUUUGAGAAAAUAA